AUGAACAAAUCUUAUUGUUUCAAUUUGUUUCUGUGCGGGACUCUAUUGGCUUCAUUUUUCAAUAUGUUAUGCGAUUCUGUUGCUGAUCCUACGGAUGGUUUCACCCCUGUAAGACUAACAGAAGAUAACUUUAACUUACAGAGACCAUAUGAUGUUCCAUUGAGAAAACGAUACAGUUUCAAAAAUGGUGUAAGGCGAUUAUGGGUCUACGCUCAUGACAAAUCUCAUGCCCCUGAGAGUCAUACAAAGCCACGCACAGAAGUUCGCAUUAAAGGUCUUGACUAUUCAUCUGGAGUAUGGCAAUUUGAGGGCAAUGCGUAUGUACCAAAUGGAACAACUGGUGUGACUAUAUUUCAAAUCUUUGGUGCGCCCAAGCAUACUCACGCUACAACUAUGAUGCUGAGGAUUCAUGAUGGGAACAUGAGAUAUUACAGUAGAGACAUGGUUUCUCCGGACAUUUACGAUCGAUGGUUCAAAGUUAACGUGAUCCACGACGUGGAUCGAGGAGAAAUCUAUGUGUUCAUCGAUGGUGUUCAGAAGUACCAAACCAAGGGUAGAGGGCCUGGCAAGUUCUACUUCAAGUGUGGUGUUUAUGCUCAAAAGAAUAUGAGCAACUACAUGGAGUCGAGAUGGAGAGACAUCAAAAUAUACAACAAGUACUGA